UUUCUCAUUUUGGCUGUUCUUUCUUCCUCACCGGGCUCAACAUUAUAAAAUAUAUCAAAAAUUAGCUUCGAAUCUUCACAUUAACUCAAAUUCACGCAACAUUUUUGUGCGUAGUUUACACCACUGAUAUCAAGAGCUUGAUAAAAUAUUUGGCGUUAAUUACGUCGUUUUAUGAAACCCAAAUGGCAUCAAUUGGUCCGGAAUCGAGCAUUUGCCGUAAAUGAAGCUCCGUAAUUUCGAUGGCGUGAAUUACUCCGGUCUCCGGCUUUAUGAAACCGAAUUGGCAUCAAAUACGCCAAAUCUGGCAUAAUUGACGGAACGCCGUAAGUAAUUCCUUUUAUGAAACGAGGCCCUGGUCUCGUCACGGCGCGCCGGGUGGGGGUGUGGCUCCGAGUACGGCGGACCGCCUCACGGGUCACCGGGCGGGCCGUGACCGUGUCCCGGGGCCGGCGCGCGGUGCUCGUUGGCGUGCCUCUGCAGCGGUCGGUGUCCGGUGGCCAGUGUCGAGUGUCGGACGCCGUCUCGGGCUCGUCCGUCGGCCCCCGGGGGCGCAGUCGCCGACGGCCGACGCCGCCGACCGCACUGUGCCAGUGACUGUCCCGCGGAGCCGAGAAUAUGGCCAGCCUCGCGCCCCCGAGCUACUCGGAGGCGGUCGGCGCGCCCAGCGGCGCCGCGCCACCAGCCAAGGGUUUCGACCCCGCGGCCGCAGUGCCCCCGGACCCCGCCUCGACCCCGCACCGGACCUCUGUGGCGGCUCCUCCUGCAGCGCCGCCUGCCGAUGAUGACGAGGAACAGGCCGACUCCAGCCGGCGCGGCACCUGGGGCUCCCAGCUGGAGUUCCUGCUCUCCUGUCUGUCGUACGCGGUCGGUUUGGGAAACAUCUGGCGGUUCCCCUACCUCUGCUACCAGAACGGAGGCGGGGCCUUUCUGAUACCGUACGUGAUAAUGCUGUUCUGCACGGGCGUGCCUCUGUUCUUCUUCGAGCUGACGAUGGGUCAGUUCACCAGUCAGGGUCCAAUCGGCAUAUGGAGUGUCUCCCCUCUCUUCCAAGGCAUCGGCUACGCCAUGUUCGUCAUCUCGCUGACAAUCGGCAUCUACUACAACAUGAUUCUGGCGUGGACCAUUUUCUACGUGUACUCGAGUCUGACGAGCAGCCUGCCCUGGGACGGCUGUGACAACUGGUGGAACACGGAAGGGUGUCACGUGUUCCAGCCGGAGCCGUGCACGGCGGGGGACGGUGCCAACGACACUGAAGGCUGCGUCCAGUCGGGCGGUCAGAGGCUGUGGAACACCUCCGGUUCCAUCGGCACCCACAGGAUGCCAGCCGACGAGUUUUUCCAUAACUACAUGCUGCAGAUAACGGACGGUAUCGAUGACCUGGGCGCGUUCCGCUGGCCGCUGGCCCUCUGCCUGCUUAGCGCCUGGACCAUCGUCUUCCUGGCUAUGGUCAAAGGCGUCAAAACUUACGGCAAGGCGGUCUACUUUACGGCUAUUUUUCCGUACCUGAUCCUGGUCUGCCUUCUGGCGCGUGCCGCCACGCUGCCCGGAUACAUGGAGGGCAUCUAUUUUUACAUCACCCCGCGCUGGGAGAAACUGGCUCACGUCAAGGUGUGGGCCGACGCCGCGAUCCAGAUAUUCUUCUCGUUGGGACAUAGCUGGGGUGGACUGAUUGCACUCUCAGCUUACAACAAGUUUCACAACAAUCACUUCAGGGACGCCAUCAUCAUAUCGUGCGGCAACUGCUUGACCAGCUUCUUCGCCGGGUUCGUGAUCUUCGGCAUCGUCGGCUUCAUGGCACACGAACUAGGCGUCAAAGUGGAGGACGUAGCUGCUCAAGGGCCCGGCCUGGCGUUCAUUGUGUACCCGGAGGCGGUGUCUCGGCUGCCGGUCGCCCCCCUCUGGUCCAUCUGCUUCUUCGCCAUGCUGCUGACGCUAGGCGUCGGCUCCCAGUUCACCAUGAUGGAGACCGUGGUCAGCACUGUCGUCGACCUCGCCCCCGACCGGCUCAGGGCCAAACAGACGUGGGUUCUACUGGGGUGCUGCCUCUUCAUGUUCUUCUGUGGCCUUCCAAUGUGCACCAGCGGCGGCCUUUACAUACUCACACUGAUGGACAACUACGCGGGCACGUUUUCUGCUCUGAUCGUGGGCAUGACGGAGGUGCUGGUGGUGGCGCACAUCUACGGCGCCGACCGUCUGCUGGACAACAUCCGCACCAUGAUCGGCCACUACCCGUUCCACUACAGCUGGUGGAAGUGGGCCUGGAAGGUCGUCUCGCCCACCAUCGUCACGGCUCUGUUGCUGUUCACCUGGAUAGACCACAAGCCGAUCCAGUACGGCGACUAUGAGUUCCCGCUGUGGGCCACCGGCGUGGGCUGGCUCAUCUCACUGACGUCAGUCGCCAUGAUUCCGCUGGUGGCCGUCAUCAAACUGGCCAGGAUGCACCCACGUCAUACCCUGAUGGAAAGGCUUCGGCUGCUGUCGCGUCCCGACGAAACAUGGGGACCAGCUCUGAACGAACACCGAGUGGAGGCCAAAAUGGCCAUCCUGAGAACGGACAGCGGAAACUCCAUCGGACUUCAAGGUGUGGAACUUCAGUGAAGAGCAAGACCGAGCUUCAGUGUUUCCUGCUUCUGUUCAGGGUGGCGCUUGCAGCGUCCUGUGGUUUAUCACCUGAAUCUGCAUUAUAGAACUGUAUUUUACAGUGACAGUCUGGAUUCCAUGUACAUAUUGUACGUUCUUAGGGCCCAGGACAGAUGCAGGGAUAAAGAUGAAUGUCGAAGCCGGGAUUGUCUUUGACUGUGUUGAUAACAACUUCAGAAGUUUACAAUAUACCUAUAUUUAGAA